AUGUCCAUGAUCACGACCACCGCCUGGGUGCCGCGAGGCUUUGCGGCGCCUUUCCCUACCAAGUACACCUUCGACGAGAAGGAGUUCGAGCGCAUUGCUGCUUUGGCCAAGCUCCAGCUCGAUGAUGCCCAGGACGACUUGGAUGAGGCCAAGGAGAAGGAGGCCAAUGGCAACGUUUCCGACAAGGAGGACGACGAUACGGCCAUGAAGGUUGAUACGCGCGAUGAGAUUGAGAUUGAUGACGACCUCAAGGAGUACGACCUGGAGCACUACGACGACGAUGAUGACAACGUGGGCGAGGCGCAACAAAUGGGCAUGUUCGGCAACGUGAAGUCGCUCGCCUACUACGAGUCUAACCAGGAGGAUCCGUAUAUCACGCUGAAGGAGGAGGAAGAGGACGAUGAGGACCGCGAAGAUCUCCAAAUUUUGGCCACCGACAACCUUCUGCUGGCCGCCAAGAUCGAAGACGAACUUGCACAUCUCGAGGUCUAUGUUUACGAAGAUGCCGCCGACAACCUUUACGUCCACCACGACAUUAUGCUUCCCGCGAUACCACUAUGCCUCGAAUGGCUCGAUAUCCCCGUUAGCAAGCCGGGCGUCGACAAGGACUCUAUUGGCAACUUUGUCGCCAUCGGCACGUUCGACCCUGAUAUUGAGAUUUGGGACCUCGACACGGUGGAUUGCAUGUACCCCAACGCUAUUCUGGGACAGGGCGGCAAUCCCGAGGACGAGAAAAAGAAGAAGAAGAAGAAGAAGUCCAAGAAGGCCAACGACGAGUAUCACGUCGAUGCUGUCUUGGCCCUCGCCGCCAACAGGAAGCACCGCAACUUGCUAGCGUCCGCCUCUGCCGACAAGACGGUCAAGCUGUGGGAUCUUCACACCACCAAGUGCGCCAAGUCGUAUAGCUACCAUACCGACAAGGUGUGCUCGCUAGCCUGGCACGCGGUUGAGUCGACAGUGCUGUUGUCCGGUUCUUACGAUCGCACCGUUGCCAUCGCCGAUAUGCGUGCGCCCAAUGAGCAGCCCAUGCGUGUGGGCGUGGAGAGCGAUGUCGAGAACGUUAGAUGGGAUCCUCACGACCCCAACUUCUUCUACGUCUCGACCGAGAACGGCAUCAUCCAUUACUUUGAUGCCCGAAACACUACCAAGGAUCCUGCGGUCAGUAAGUCGGUUUGGAAGCUCCAGGCGCACGACGAGUCGGUGUCUUCUUUCGAUCUCAACCCCGUCAUUCCCGGAUACAUGGCCACGGGAUCUACUGACAAGACCGUCAAAUUGUGGAACAUCACUGCCGAGGGUCCCUCACUCGUGGUGUCCCGCGACUUUGACGUCGGCAAGGUCUUCUCGACAACAUUCGGUCCUGAUCCUGAGGUUGCCUUCAGACUUGCGGUUGCGGGCAGCAAGGGAACCGUUUCCGUUUGGGAUACCUCCACCAACGCUGGCGUCCGCAAGUUCUUCGCUCAAAAGGUGCCUACCAAGGCCACUGAUGAGGAUGUUGAGGAUAAGCUUGUCGCGGUCAAUGACGUUGAGGACAGCAGCAGUGAGGACGGCGAGGAUGAUGAUGAUGACGAGGACGAGUCCGGAUCUGACCAGGACUCAAUGGAUGAAGAUGACGAGUAAGCGCGGGAUGUGUAGCUUAGGUCGGGGAAAAAUGAUUCAACGGGAUAUGAAAAGGGUACCUGUCUCAAAUUAUCAGCUGCUUUCUCACUGUCUGUUGACUUUCUUUUUAGCGGUUAUUGGAUCUUGGCGGCGUACUGGUUACUAUAUACAAGAAGGUUUGAAGC